AUGGAGGAUCGCAAUAAGAUAUCCCUCCGCAGCGGCAAGAGAAAGAAGAGGCCAACUAUCAGUGCUCCUCGCCAGAUUUCAGGUCCGAUUGCUCAAGAUGAUACAAACAGACCGCCUCCUCCAGGCGACCCUGGCCAAGCUCGACCUCGCCCGCGUCCACCCCCGAUGGCUGGUGGAAAGACCUCGGAUCUUGUGAAACGACGAUACUCGACUCGAUUUAAUCAACCGCCCUCAGGUCCAAAUGGCGCCGCGCCUCCAAUGCCGCAGAUGCCCUCGCUUGGCAAUUACGAGCCUCCGACUGCUGCCGCCAUCAGAAAACCUCCCUCGCGUGCGGGGCCUGGAGUUGCUCCAGUUGUCGAUAUUAAGGGUCUACGAGAUCCGAAGUUGAAGCCAGACCGAUACGUCCAGGCUGCCUUGAGCGAUGCAACCGAAGACCAAAUCCGCGAAUUCGAGGAUUCGUUACGAAAAGUCAAGACGCGUGUGGGAAUGGAUCUCCAACAGAGCGUUAUGCAGAACAGGACACAGUUUAUCAAAAUCAGCAAGGAAGCGGAAAAGCUAAAGAGCGAGAUGAGGAAUCUCAAGAACUUCAUGUCAGAGCUCAAAGUCAACACGACAGCUAUGAGAGCUGCCGCUGCCAAGAAUGAUGAGUCAAUGCCGGGGGAUCUCGUAAGCGCCCCUGGUAUCAGCAGCAGAAGAGAUAGGCGCACCUCUAUUGCCGAUAGAAGCGCCAUGUGGAACUCACAGAUGCAAGCCUUAUUCAAGGGCGUAGAAGGGUCGCAAAAGUUCCUUCCUAAUGCGGCGGGACGUCAUGUUGUCCAAGACGCAGGGCCUUGGAUUGAGCUUGAUAAUGCUACAUACAAGUCGCGCCGAGCAAUGCAGAUCUUUCUGCUUAAUGAUCACCUCCUCAUCGCAUCGCGUAAGAAGCGAAAAGCAGAUGCGCCGGGUUCAGACGCACGAGGGCCGAUGAUGAAGCUGGUGGCUGACCGUUGUUGGCCACUAUUAGAUGUUGAAGUGGUGGACAUGUCAAGCACCGGGGAAUCUUCGAGUAGUGGACGCAAUAAGCUUGCAGAUGCUAUCAUGGUCCGGGGUGUUGGUCAGGAAUCUUUCAUCUAUCGGACGGAGAAACCCCAGGACCCCGAGAAGAAGCAACUACUCCUCAACGUGCGCAAGGCUAUAGAACAGCUUCGCAAGGGCCUUCGAUCGGAGAUGGAGGCUAACAACAAGGCUCGUGAAACGAUCAACUACUUCGCCUCUCGCGAUCCAGGUCUUCUUCAAAAGACAGAGCUUCUAGCCACGCUGUCGGACAUCAAGGAUAUGCUCAUUGAAGUUGACGGCAAACAGCAGAACUUGCGCUGGGUUGAGAGCGAGAUGGAUGACCUUGACAUUGACAUUGCGAUGCAACGAUUCGAAGACGCUGUCGCUCGUGUCGAGAAACUCAAAGCGAUCGCUCGUGGGCUGAAGAACCAUGCCAUUGCUCAGGACUUUAUCAACUUCAAGGUUGGCGAACGAUGUGCUAAAUUGGCGGACAUGAUUGUUCGUGAGCUCGAACUGACGCACGAUAACAAUACAAAGACAAGGCGGAAUGUCAGCUGGUUGACGAGACUUGGGUUUGAAGAUAGCGCCCGAGAAUCGUACCUGGCGGCGAGAAGUGGCACUAUACAUAAACGAGCCAGACAAUGCAUUUUCCAGGGGGAUUUGCAUCUAUAUAUCUGGGAGCUCUCGUUUGUGUACUUUAUGGUUAUCCAUAACACGGUGCAGUGUUUCCAAUCUUGCUUUCCACCGCCCAUGAUGAGUGUAUGUGUCAAAUGGGCCAAGGAGGAAGUAGAUGCGUUCAACGUCAUCCUGGCACGUCAACUUAGUAGUACGGAGCCUGGGGGGCAGGUUUGGACUCAGUGCAUGGAGAGGGCAAAGGAACAUUCUAAGCUGUUAUCGGAAGUCGGCCUUGACUUUGAGAACUUGGUCGGAAAGAACUUGUUGAACUAUGAGCGACUGGAAAAAGAGGCUUCUGUCGGACUGGGGUUGUCAUGA